AUGCACCUGAGCGUCGGGGAGCACGGCAACAUGGCUCUCUGGGCUGCCUCACUCGCGUCCCUUCUCCUGGCUGUUGAUUGCUGGCAUGACCUUGACAAUACAGAGUAUGACUGCUGGCCUAUUGCUGAUCCCAAUGAUUACAAUAUGAUAAGCUGUGGAGGACUCGAGAUGGCCUGGGUCCAACGGCCUCCUGAGAAAGUAACGGAGGGGGAGGAGUUCAACGUUACCUAUUCAGUUUCGGCUGCCGACUCCUUCUACGAUUAUGCGCUGAAAAACAAGAUCUUCCAGUUCAGCGAUGCCUCGGAGGCCAAGCGCUUCUGUCAUGAGCACGAGUGUCCCGCCAACUGGAACAACGCCGACGAGCACAACUGUUGUGUGUACCAUGCCAACAUCCACUCCUGCCCUCUUGCCCUCAUGAGGCAGGGGGGUAUAUGUGGACCCUGGAUCCCAGAUGAUGGCGAGAUUGUGACACACACUGUUUCAAAGGCAGGGAAGAUGAGUCAGCAACUCUGGACGUCAAAGGUGGUGCUGGUGCACCUGGGCGUGACGUCCCUUAUUGCCCAUAUAAAAGUGGGACAGAUGCACGCCGCGCUGGAGUCCAAGGUUCUGGUCGUCAGUGCGCAAGUGUGUGGAGAUAACAUCUGUGAGCUGGAGGAGAACUGCCUGAACUGCCCGGCGGACUGCGGCGUCUGCCCCAUGUCCAUGUCCAUUAAAGUUGCCAUCGGGCUCCCUCUUGCCCUCUUCUGCAGCGGCUUCAUCUUAACCAUCGUGUGGAUUCAGUACCAAAAGCAGAAGAUGUUUUGGGAUGAGAGCUGGAUCAUCAACUACAACAACAUAAUGUUUGGUAAGAUGUGCUACAUGGGAUUCUGCAGCACCACCAGCCUGCAGCCGGUGAAGAGCAACUCCAGCGUGAGCCGGGCCACAGACGUCACCGUCUGCACCGUCACCAACUCGGGCUUCAAACCGGGCUUCAUCCAGCCAGGCAUUUAUGAUGGCAGAACUGUGGCCGUGAAAAACAUCCAGAAGAAGCAUUUUACCCUCUCCAAGACCAUAAGGAAAGAGGUGAAGGAGGUUCGUGAACUGGAUCAUCCCAAUCUCUGCAAGUUCAUUGGUGGAUGCAUUGAAGUCCCAUUUGUCAACAUCAUCACAGAGUACUGCCCAAAGGGAAGUCUUGCAGAUGUCCUUCUGAAUGAAGACAUCCCAAUCAAUUGGGGUUUUCGGUUGUCUUUUGCCACUGAUAUCGCUCGUGGCAUGGCCUACCUGCAUCAGCACAAGAUUUUUCAUGGAAGACUUCACUCUAGAAACUGUGUCAUCGAUGACCGUUGGGUCUGCAAAAUUUCAGACUACGGCUUAGAAGCCUAUAGGAAGGAGGACUUUGAGGCCGUCAGUAACACUUUCCACUGUGAGAGCCCCUUCCGGAUAUACUGUGCCCCUGAAGUCCUCCUUGGCAGUAGUUCCACCCUCACCGCUCCAGCUGACAUAUACAGUUAUUCCAUAAUUUUGGUGGAGAUUGCGUCCCGCAGUGAUCUAAUUUCUGAUCAGACGGAGCUUGUAAAGCUGGAUGUCAUGUGGCGUCCGCUGCUUCCUGAGCUGAAACCGGGGAAAGCGGACACAGACUGCCCCGAUCAGACUGAUUACUGUGAGCUCAUCAAAAGGUGCUGGGCGCACAACGCUGCCAUGAGACCAACCUUUGACCAGGUGAAGAAGUUUCUAGACAAAAUGAACCCCCACAAAGUCAGCCCUGUAGACAUGAUGAUGAACCUGAUGGAAAAGUACAGCAAGCAUUUGGAGGCUAUUGUGGCUGAGCGGACACAGGAUCUUCUCCAAGAGAAACAGAAGACGGACCGCUUACUCUACAGUAUGUUACCAAAGCCAGUUGCUGAUGACCUCCGUCAAGGGCGUACAGCUGAGGCUCAGAGCUACUCUAACGCCACUGUGUAUUUCAGUGACAUAGUGGGCUUCACCCAACUGUCUGGCUCCAGCACCCCCCAUCAGGUGGUGAACUUCCUCAACAAACUCUACACCACAUUUGACGACAUCAUCGACAACUAUGACGUGUACAAAGUGGAGACCAUAGGAGAUGCUUACAUGGUGGUCUCUGGCGUGCCCAACGAGAAUGGCAUCAACCAUGCAGGAGAGAUUGCAAGUAUGGCCCUGGAUCUCAUCAGUGUGUGCCACGCCUUUAAGAUCCCCCAUAAGCCCACCACACAGCUCAAGAUACGGGCUGGCAUUCACUCAGGCCCCGUGGUUGCCGGUGUUGUGGGAACGAAGAUGCCCCGGUACUGUUUGUUUGGCGACACAGUGAACACGGCGUCCCGAAUGGAAUCCACAAGCGAAGCUCUGAAGAUCCAGUGCAGUGCUCCCACGGCUGACCUUCUGUGCACCCUGAAAGGGUACAUCCUGACCUGCCGUGGAUCACUUGUCGUCAAGGGCAAAGGGGAGAUGACGACUUGGUGGCUGGAGGCGAAGAGAGAUCUGUCUGACCCACUACAGGCCAACCGAGAGCCUUACGGGGUUCCAGUGCCUGUCAGCAACUAGCCUGGGAUAGUCGUGAAAAUAGAAUCAUGGACAAAAUACAGACUUAUAAGCAUGUUCCAGUGUUGAAUCAUGUGAUAGAAGGGAAGAAUUCAAAGAGGCAGCUCAUGACAAAAAGAACAUUGUUCAGUAAUAUACAGUAUUGUAUAUGGGUUUUGGAACAAUGUUGCUAUUUUUUUGUCAUCAAUAUAUUAUAUUGUAUCAAUGUUUUUUGUCAUCCCUUGUGAAAUGUGAAAUCAAAUGUAGCGUCUCAGUAGGCC